AUGUCCGCCGACUCCGCUUCGGAGACUGGCAAAGUCUCCCAGGUGUGCUUUAUCGUUCACGGGAUGGGGCGCCAGCGGCGCUACGUCGAGAACAUGGCCUCCCUCCGAAAGGGCUGUAAAGAAGUCUUAAAGGAAGAAUUUGCCGAUGAAGAUUCGCGAGUUGCGUGGAUACCAAUAGAAUGGCAUCAGGAACUUCAUGCCCUUGACUCUGUCGACCGGCGCAUGAACUCCAUUACCUUACCCACCUGCUCCAUAUUACGGGCCAUCAACAACGAUAUCCUAGCAGACGUACUCUACUAUUUCUCAAGCUAUCAUGGCCAGACGAUACUGGACAUCAUCGUCCGACGGCUCAACCAAGCAUACGACGAUUUCUUGGUAGAACACCCGGAUUUCGAUGGACAUAUCGUUCUGAUUGGGCACUCUCUUGGCGGCGUCAUUUGCUAUGAUUUGCUUUCCAACAUCGAUGACCCAGCGAAUUCGAAACCCGCAAGUACUCCCGACCGCGAGAGAUCAACCCACUUCCCAUUGCGGUACCCGCAGCUCAAAUUCCGGCCAGGCGCGUUGUUCAUGCUCGGGUCUCCUAUAGGUGCGGUGCUCACGAUGAGAGGCCAAUCGCCGCUGACGUACCACCCACCACCGGAGAUUCAGUUUCAGAACAUCUUCCAUCUGUACGAUCCGCUGGCGUACCGGAUCGAGCCGCUAUUCGAUCCCCGCUACGUAGAAGUCGGUCCUGUAUGUUUGCAGCGGCCUAGCGCUCGCAUUCCCACCAUCACGUAUUACCGGAACCUUUUCUUCUCGCAACUGCCCGAUCUGUCGACUAUGCCAGCGAUGCCCGCCAUGCCGACGAUGCCGACAAUGCCCGCUAUGCCCACCAUGCCUCCAAACAUUAUAUCGCAGCUGCAACUCCCCCGGCCCUCGUUACCGUUGCCAACGCUGGACUUCUUCAAAGGCCACAUGCCAUCAUUGUGGGCAGCCAGCGGGUUUUGGAGCGAGAACAUUGAUAUGGCAGAAGAGGCUGCCCGUGUGGCAGCGGCAGACAAUGCAGAAGCGGGGUGGCUGCCGAGAAAACGGCGGCGGCUGGACGGCGAUACGCUAUCCCCGUUCGCUGUCGAAAUUCAAAGCGAUGGCGACGAGGGCACGUCCCUACACCAGCGUAGCAGUCGCAAGCGAAAACGACGCGCAGUCUCGGCUGACGUGGAGGAUAUGCAAUCUGGACCAACGGAUUUGGGUGGUCGGCCGCCACGUCGGAAACCCCGGCGGCCUAGGCGGAAUGGAAAUGGGAAUGAGAAUGGAAGGAGUGCUGGUGACUCUUCCGUAACCCCGCCUCCACAAUCGUCAGGACAAGAAACUGAUCCACUAAGCUCCGCGCGCUCAUACGCGUCCUCCGUCGCGGACAUGGUGAUGAAGUCCAUUAAAAGCCUCUCCAGUGGGUCAGCAGGCGCCGAAACCGAGCCUACCGUCGACCCAUCCGACUCCGAUCUCGACGGACUGGCACCCGACGAUGACCACCAGCAGUCCGAUAACGACAACCCAGGCGUUCUUGGAACAACAAGGGACGUAGUCGAUGAGUUGGUAGGCCGCGAAGAAGCGCUGCGGUUAGUCGCGAAUGAUCUGUCGCAUGCGCACGAUCGGCCGUACUCUGCUGGCGGGCAGACGAAUGGGACGCAGCCCGAAGAUCAGGCUUCUGAUAGGCCCGAACAUUUCUCACCGCCGCCGGACGCGGAGAGGAAGGACUUUUAUGUGCAGGAUAAUAUUAUCGACAACGUCUUCCAGCAGUAUCUGUCCGGGCUCAGAGCGCAUUUCUCCUACUGGUCCAACAUGAACGUCAUGCAUCAUAUUUUGGUGACCACACUGAAAGCACCGCAGGGCGAGCAGGGGCAGUCUUCCAGAACACCUCCGUAG